GCGGUGGCGUAAGAGGCGGUGGCGGCCGGUCCUCUCAGGCACCCACCAAGAUGGCGGCUUCGGUGGGAGGCGCUGGCGGCCCUCCGCACUUCUCUCUCCUGGUGGUCUUCGGCGCUGGGGGCAGCAGGCCCGGCCUCCGGAGGGCUGUGCUGGGGGCUGUCCGAGGCGGGAUUCGCUCAUGGGAUAUCGACCUGACUGCCUGCAACCUCGACCAGCAGCUGAAACUCUUUGUAUCCCGUCAUUCGGCCACGUUCUCGGAUAUUGUGAAAGGUCAGCGUGCCCUUCAUCAUCGUGGAGAUAUCCUAGAGACGUUAGUUUUGCUGAACCCUUCUGACAAGUCAAUCCGUGAUGAGCUCCGCAACCUGAUCACUGAUUCUUCCCGGCACAAGCUGCUGAUCUUCGCCGGGCCUUGCGUGGAGGAGACAGGGGAGCUGGUGCUCCAGACGGGCACUUUCGCAUUGCGGGACUUCAUCCAGGUCUUUGCUGACAAAGCGGUUGGGGAGUUCCUAAGCUCAGCAGACCCUUCAGCUAAAACCAGCAUGACUGUGGUUUGCCCAGACUUUGGCGUUUGGAAGGAUUCCAGGCUGGGCGAACACAACCUGUUGGAUUUCAUCGAUCUCCAGUUCAAUCCCAGCUGUGUGCUGCCAGAGAUGGAGGGCUUACAGGAGUUCAUCGAAUACCUUUCGGAGUCCCUAGAUCCCCCACCACCUUUCGACCUCCUGGAGCCUCCCAGCACUGUUGGCUUCCUGAAGCUUUCCAGGCCUUGCUGCUACAUCUUUCCAGGUGGAAGGGGAGACUCUGCUUUCUUUGCGGUUAAUGGGUUCAACAUGUUGGUGAAUGGGGGCUCCAAUCCCAGAUCCUCCUUCUGGAAGCUGGUUCGUCACCUGGACCGCAUCGACUCCAUCUUGGUGACCCACAUUGGGACAGACAGUUUACCUGGGGUGAACAGUCUGCUGCAGAGGAAGCUGGCUGAAAUGGAGGAGGAUCCGUCUACUCACGGCUCCCAGAAUGACGACUGGGUGAAGAACCUCAUCUCACCAGAGUUGGGCGUUGUGUUCCUCAAUGCCUCUGAGAAGCUGAAGACGAUAGAAGGAGAUUCGGAGAUCCUGAAGAGCUGCGAUGAAGGCAGCUUGGCCCUGCAGUACCUAGACAAGCUAGGCAUUAAGCCGAGCCCUCUGUAUCGGGAUGCUGGCCCCAAGGCAGAACCCACCAUCCUUUUCCAGAAGAUGGGUGUGGGGCGACUGGAUAUGUACAUCCUCAACCCAGUGAAGGGCAGUAAGGAGCUAGAGUUCUUGAUGCAGCAGUGGUGUGGGAAUGGUUACCCCAAAGGGCUGGAGCUACCCUUGCAGUGCUUGACCUCUGUCUGUGCCCUUCUGGUCUGGCACCCUGUGAACCCCAGAGAGAAGAUUGUUCGGGUCUUGUUCCCUGGUUGCACUCCCCCCAAUAAGAUCUUGGAAGGGCUGGAGAAAGUCAGACACUUAGAGUUCCUCAGGCAUCCAGUAGUUACUCAGAAGGAUCUGGAGUCUUUCUCCUCUUCUACUCCGCUCAAGCAGAAGCGGACUGAGAGCCAAGAAAGUCUCAAGUCAGGUUCUAGGCUGAGCCUCACAGAACCAAGCCUGUCAGUUUCCAAGGAGAAGAGGGAACUGAAGCCACUAAAUGCCAGAGAUCGGCCCAAGGCACCCAGUGAGACCUCAAAAGGUAGUGUGGAGGAAGAGAGAACCAAAGAGGCCAGAUCCAAGUUGGAAUCUUCAACAGAGAAGCUCAAACAAGAUGUGAGGCCUAAAUUGCUGAAGGAGUGGCAGAUACCCAAGAAGGAAGUGAAAAAAGAAGAAAAGAAACUGGCACCGAAGGAAGACCUUGGCCAAGAGAAGGAUGUAACCAAGAAAGAUUCAAAGAUACUGAAGAAAGAGGGCAAGGCAAAUCCUCCCCGAAAAGAUAUAAAGAGAGAGGAGACCAAGAAGGAUGUCAAGGUGGAGGAGAAAGUGACUAAGCAGCCAGUUCGGAAACUCGCAGCUGCAGAGGUCAAGAGGCCCCAGACCAAGACGGGCAGUGUCAGAAAGUCUAUCCCUACCCUCAAAAAGGACACAGAAAAGCCAAAGAUGAAGCUGUCUAAAGAGGCAGCUGGCACACAGAAGACAUCUGCAGGUUCCAAGGGGCGCUCAGAGGUGUCCAAAUCCUCAUCAGAAAAUGGGAUGCAGGAGAUGGAGAGGUUGUUGGGGAGCUCACGGCAGGGGCCUUUGGGAGCAGAAUCAACUGAUAAAGGCAUCACCAUGGCUGAAAGCGAGCUGGAACCUUCACCCCUGGAUGGCGUGGGUUGUCAUGGAGAUGGCCCAGAGAGUGCUGAGAACGGCCUGGGUGUAGGUGGAGAUCCAGAGAGCCCUCAGCCUUUCCGCCACCUGGAAGCUGGCUCCCCUCUGAAAGGCAUUGGCCCACCGUCCCCGUUAGUGAAGACUCCCAAGAGCGAUCGGAGCGUCAACCUUGAGCUAACUCCCACAGAUAUCCAGGAGGGCCUCAACCACUGUCCAGAGGCUGAGGAAGCCUGUGGCAGUUCCGAGGAGAAGACUCUUGAAAUGAUGUCCCCCUCCAGCUCUGCCCCAGCUAGUGCUGGCCACACCCCCUUCCACCAGUCCCCGGUUGAAGAUGCUAUCAUGGCCGAGGAGCCAGUGGCCAUCAUCAACUCUUGGAGGCCUGAUGGUUCUAUCUCUGGCUCUCGGGCCUCGCGUGACAACUCCAGUUCAUCACAGGAGAGGCCAUCAGGAUGCCUGUCUCCUAGCCUCUUCCGCGAUGACAUCCCAGAUGUGUCCCCCACCAUUACUACUCCAUCCCUCCCAGCAGAAGUGGGAUCCCCUCAUUCGACUGAGGUGGACGAGUCUCUCUCCAUCUCCUUUGAGCAGGUUCUGCCCCCCGUCAGUGAAUUCCCUCAAGAAGAAGUGGGAAACGUCCAUGCAGGGGGACUCACCCCAGAACCAGAUGGCCCGUUGGGCAAAGGUGGAUUGUCUUUGCCCGUCCGACCCUGUCACCACCACCACCACCACUCCAGCGCGCAGCGGUUGGAUGGCCACGUCCUGCCUCGUUCUGGCCAUCGCUCGGACUCCCCUCAUGACGUGGACCUUUGCCUGGUAUCUCCUUGUGAGUUUGAGCACCCCAAGUCAGAAAGGUCCCCGUCUGUCCACUUCAGCCCCCGGGACAUGUCAAACAGCAGUGACUUCUCCCAAGAGUCAACCAAACCCCUGGCUCACAGGAAAGGCCCAAGGGGGCGCAAGCCGUACGCUCUCAUUGACGAGACUCCACCGACUUCAUUCAGUGAGUCGCUGCCCACCCUCUCAGACUCUGACAUCCUGCCAGCCACUGAGGAGUGCCCUUCCAUUACAGCGGACGGUGGCUUGGACUCAGAUGAGGAACCUGAGAACCUGGUUCGGCCCUGCGAUCCGCUCCCGGCCCCCCUGAAAGACCCUUGCCCCCUGCCUGCCCAGCCCGGCAUCUGCAUGGUGGACCCGGAGAAAGAAGGGCCUGCCAAGGCCAAGAGGACCCCUGCGCGGGUGAACUCUGCACCCCCAAAAGCAGAUAUCCCGAAAGCUUUGGCCCCAAGCAGCAAGACCAAAGCCUCGCCUGCAGACAAAGCCCGGCUGCCCACUCUUGGGAAAAACGAGCCCUUGGCAUCCCGAGCCGGUGGGGACGCCCGAGCCCCCCUCGCCACCCGCAGGCCGUUAUCAGGAGCUGGAAGGCAGUCUCCAGCAGGUGCCAAGUCUGCCCUUCCAUGCCUCCCGGUUUACCUGGAGCUAGCCUACAUCCCUGGUUCUGCGAGUGCCCAGAAGGUGGACGAGGACUUCUUCCGGCUCAUCCGGUCCCAGUGCUAUGUCAUCAGUGGCGAGGACCACAUUAAAGAAGGUGUCAUGAGGAGCAUCCUAGAUGCGCUGCUGUCCGGGAAGCAGCAUUGGGCAAGCGACUCCCAGGUGACCUUGAUCCCGACCUUUGACUCACAGGCCAUGCACGAAUGGUACUUGGAGACACUGGAGCGCCAGCGGGAGCUGGGCGUCACCGUCCUGGGCAGCACCAGCACAGUGGCCAUGCAGGACGAGAGCUUCCCUGCGUGCAAGGUGGAGUUCUGAAGGGCCGGCGGGCUGCGUCCGGUUUGGAGCCAAGAGGCGCUUCGAAUGCCGGGGCUGGUGGCUGCACUGGGGCUGUGCGAGCUCCUCUCCUUUGCACGUUGGCGCCCAGCAUUGGCAGCAGGAGACGAGACUUUUCUGGGCUAGGAAAAAGAAGGCCAGAGACUUUUCCUGGGGUGUGUCAUUGCCCCCACAGCAAAUAGCAUUCACUGUCUGGUUUUUGCAUGUCCACCGCCAGAGCCUCGAGCCCUGGUUUGAGCACACAGAAGAUGGUGGCAGAAUUGGGGGAAAGGGAAGGGGGUGUUUUUGGGUUCAGGAGGUUGCAGCCGGGCCAGGCGAUCUUGCUGCCUCAGCAAUCAUCCCCAUUGGAGGUGUUGGCAUAUUCUUCUCCCCUGCUCCCCCCUCCUCUCCCCUACCUUUCCAGUGACUAGAGCAGAGUCUGGAUUCGAGGGCCAGAUCUUGUUACAGAGCCUUUUUUUUUUGCUUGGCCAUACUCUGACUCUGGGCAUCUUGUGAGGAAGGUCAUCUCAUGAGGGGCGACCUCAUGUUGCCCGUUGACUUUCAUGUGGUGAGGAGCGGGGAGCGAUUCCCGGAUGAUUGCUCAGAAAGCUGUACGGAAACAGGGUUUCAGAUACCUUGAGUGCCGCCCAUAGCUGCUUGCUCCCCAGCCAAGUCCCCCCCCCCCUCUCCCAGCCAGUUGAGAUGGAGUGGUUUCUCCAGACAGCUUUGGGGCGUGGGCUGCCAUAUCAUGAAUGAUCCCAUUGCUUCUACUGCAGAGCCAAGAGGAGGAGAGUUUUUUAGAGGUUUUUCCUUCAGCAGUGUUUUUCUCCCCUUUUUUCUUUUUGCGUACCCUGUAAAAGGCUGCCCUUUCCUCUCUCCAAGGUCUGGUUCUUUAAUAAUGGACCGGAAGCACCUUCUCUGUUACUGUCUGCCUCCUUGACUCCUUCCCCACUGUGGAAGAAGUAAGUUUUCUUCGGGGGAACGGGUUCGGAUGGCGCAGCCUUCUUUCCCUCCUUUUCGACUCCGGAGCCAGGGCCUUAAUGGCCAAACAGAUGCCCAUACAAAGCAGGAGAGGGGCUGCAAACAGGCUUAUCCUUAAUUAGGCCAAGGGCUCUCGCUACAUUGGGAAGGGACCUAAGGAACGGUCACAGCUGUCUUUGUUUGCCUGAUUUAGUCUCUCCCCCCCCCCCCAAGAGGGAGCAAAGUGACCGCUGUUGGGAUGUUCUGCAGCAACUUGAAGAUCUUUCUGUAGGAAUUCGUGGUAUGUUUAUCUUCUCUCCCCCCCCCCCUCUCAUUUUGACACACACUCCAGAGUUCUACCUCUCAUUUUUUUUAAAACUCACUGUUUGUGGAAGUGUGCUUUUCUUGGUGUUUUGUCCUCAAAGAAGACUCCGUAGAAAACAUGGAGCUAGCCAAGCCCCUGCCACCUGUCUUCUCCUUUCUCCGCAGCCCGUUUCCCCCCCCCCUACUCCUUUUUAUUCCUCCCCUUCACUUCAACAUUUGAAGGAAAGUUUAGGGCCAGCCAUGUCCCUCCACCCCCCGCAAUGUGACACUAAACCUUAUUUUCUAAGGACAGAAGAAGAUUGUGUUUUUUCCUCUCUCUUAAAUGUCUAUUUUGUAUUUUUUCUAAAAAAAGAAAAGAAAAGAAAAAGAAAAACAAGGAAACCAAAACUGUUCAUGUAGGGGAAGUUUUAUUUAUCGGCUCAGCGCCGCGAGAUGCCUGCAUGUCCCACAUGGGCAGGGCGAGGGGUGGGGGGGGGUUGCUCUUCCCUUUCCCCUCCACCCUAUUCUUCCCUCAUGUAACCUAACUGGGAUCAGGGCCAUGUUUCAAUAUUCAUGCGAUUGUGUGUUUUUUAGAAAACCCGUUUGGGGACCGGGCAGCGGGAGACAAAUGUUUCUUCCCUCUCACCACCUCUAGCAUUUCCUGCGUCCUGCAGAUCUGUAAUCUGAGUUUUGAAAGAGCAGCUGAGCAGGGUCAGAAGAAGUGGUGCUGCUCCCUGUAUGGGGGGGGGGCUGUCCGGAAGCCCCCUUUCUCCAGUCUCCCUCCCCGUCCCCAAAAUGUAGGAAAAAGUUGCGAUUGUUGUAUCUGUCGGUGCACUGAAGAGAGACACCCAUGCUGUUGCGAGUAUGUACACGCGCACACACACACACACACGCUGCACAUUCUCGUUAACUCUUUACUGUGUCGAACCCUUUUCUGGGGGUGAUGCCCCUCAUUAAAGAGUUAAAUAGCUCAAGAA